UUUUUUUCUCUCACUGGGGCUUGCCGGUCUUUUCUGUCCUUUCGCCAACUGCGUUCUGCCCUUGUUCUCGUGCAUAGGGUGUGAACAUAUGCAACUGUCAAGAUGUCAGAGAAAAAGAUGACAUCCAGUCGCAGGUAUCACCUGAAGAGCCUUUUGCUGUCCAUCGCUGCUGGCCUGCUGGAGGCUGAAGCCAAGCAGCUUGCGACUGAUAAGGAGAACUACAUGAACGAGCACUGCCCAUCCUUGUCCCUGCCUGGAUCCCUGCAGGAGCUGCAAGAGCUGUGCAAGAAGCUCAAUCAGACCAUCGACAAGGUUGAUGAGGAAAGGUAUGACAUGGAAACCAAGGUUGCCAAGACAGACAAGGAGAUCGAGGACCUGAAGAUUAAGGUGGUUGACCUGAAAGGAAAGUUCAAGAAGCCUGUGCUAAGGAAAGUGCGCAUGUCUGCUGAUCAGAUGCUUCAGGCUCUGCUGGGCUCCAAGCACAAGGUGUCUCUGGAUCUGAGGGCCAACCUGAAACAAGUGAAGAAGGAGGUCAAAGAGGAGUCUGCUGAACAGGUUGGGGACUGGCGUAAGAACAUCGAGGACAAAGCCGGCAUGGAUGGGAGAAAGAAGAUGUUCGAGUCUGAGGCUUAAGAUGGAUAGCAGUGGUUUUUUGAAAAGUCGUCAUUUUUCUCUGGCAGUUUUUCUGUAACCCCUCACCCUUUGCUUCAAUAAAGAUGGUUUUCCAGGACAUUUUUCACAUUUUAUUAUGUCGUGAUGUAUGGAAUUAAAUGAUUAGUGUGUA